AUGGAAGGCAAUCAUAUUUUUAAGCCAACAUGGCAAAAAGAACAUAUAACAAGAGACCAAUUAUACAAAAUCAAAUCAGGACUAAAUCUGACGGCCACUGAUGAUUUACUAUUCUUUGUAGUAGCUUUAGUAGCAUUUUAUGGGCUGGCACGGCUGGGUGAGCUACUGCCUGGCUCAUACGAUACAACAAAAAUGCCGACGAUGCAAGCCUUAAGGUUCGAUAGAACAGGAAGAGGCUCUUUUGCAACUAUACAGUUACCAAGAACCAAAUGUUACAACACAUCUGAACAUCCAACUCUGAUUAUCAAUUCAACCAAAGAUGAAACAUGUCCAAUUCAUGUGCUCAAAGCAUACAUCAUUCGCAGAACUGACCCUGGAUUAACAUGGCGUGAUACCAAUAUAACCAAAAGCGGCCACGGUAUAACAAAGUAUACGAAUAAAAAUGAAGAGACUGUAGAAAAGUCAGAAGAAGUUGCUAUUGCUUCAAGUGAAGAGGUUGUAUUGCAGACAGAGGAAUAUCCUUACGAGCGUAUCGGAGUUGGAUUUACUGAAGAAGAAAG